AUGACUCACUAAUUUGAAAAUGUUCUAUUAUCAAAUAGAAAGAACUUGACUCCUCAAGAAUCUGUUCAAAAAGUCAUCAACUACGCUCUCUUAUAAGACGCUAAGCAAAGAAGCAGAACCUUGAGACAUAUUAAGGCUUCAUGGGUUAUUCCUGCUUUAUUAUUUACCUACCCCGCUUGGUAUCUUGCUAAGGGUGCUGUCAACGGAGUAUGGUCUAAUAUCCACCCUACUGAUAAGGUUACUUUAUCUUUUGCUAAUAUUGGUAGACCCUUCAGAUUGAUUUACAGACCUGAAAUUUUCCUUAGAGAUUAACAAGCCAAGUUUAUUCAACUUGAAAAGGAGCACAUCGAAAAAUCCAAAAAGGGAGAAUUUGUUGAAACUACUUCUCCUCUUGUUUUAUGGAACUGA